AUGGCCAAGAAGGCGCGUCAAAGAAUAAGCUACGUGCUCCCGCUUGUCGGAAACCAAUCGGGCGGACACAGGCUCGGUGUCAAUGGUCUCGCCAUCGACCGCGACAAUGCCAUUCUGUACUCCGGAGGCCGCGACGGCGUCGUAUGCGCCUGGGACCUGAACCUCGACCUCAAGAACCCCGAAUCCCAGGCCGCUGCUUCCAAUGCCACGGCCAACGGCGCGGCGGCCAAAUCCAAGUCCACAACCACCUUUCGAGCCCAGACCCAGGCGCACACGCACUGGAUCAACGACCUCGCCCUCGCCCAGAACCACACGGCCCUCAUCUCCGCCUCGUCGGACCUGACAGUCAAGGUCUGGCGCCCCCACGGCAAUGCUCGUGCCGAGCCCGUCACCAUCGGGCAGCACGCCGACUAUGUCAAGUCGGUCGUCGCCCCGGACCAGCAGUCGGACUGGGUGGCCUCGGGCGGCCUCGACCGCAAGAUCUACCUGUGGGACCUCAACGGCAAGGGCGAGAAGCUGCAUAUCGACGUCAGCGGCGAGGAGAUCACGGAGAAGGGAUCCGUCUACGCCUUGGCCGCCACGCACAACAUGCUGGCCAGCGGCGGGCCCGAGUCGGUCGUGCGCCUCUGGGACCCCCGCACCGGCAAGAACAUCACCAAGUUCGUCGGCCACACCGACAACGUCCGCGCCAUCCUCGUCAACGAGCCCGGCGACAUGAUCCUGACGGCCAGCUCCGACCAGACGGUCAAGGUCUGGAGCGUCACCGCCGGCCGGUGCAUGCACACCCUGACCAUGCACAACGACAGCGUCUGGACCCUCUUCUCCGACCAGCCCGACCUGGGCAUCUUCUACAGCGGCGACCGCUCCGGCCUCGUCGUCAAGACGGACGUGCGCGGCACCCUCGACGAGAUGGACGACGGCAUCUCGCUGGCCGUCGCCCAGGAGCAGGAGAGCGUCAGCAAGGUGGUCGCCUGCGGCGGCCACAUCUGGACCACCACCUCGAGCUCGUCGAUCAACCGGUGGGAGGACGUCGACACGGGCGCCGACAUCGCCCUGCCCGAGGCGCUCAGGCAGCACCGCGCAUCCAUCUCGACGCAGGUCAGCGCGUCGCGGCCGAGGGAAGCAUCGCCUCCGGCGGCGGCGGCGGCGGCGGCUAACGGAGCUCCGGCCAAGAAGGAGAUCCCCGCCAAGGCUGUCCUGCGCAUCUCCAACACGGCCCGCUUCCCGGCGCCGCUGUUGGCCUCCGAGGCGAGCGUUGUCGCUGGUUCGGGCAUCACCCGGAAGGGCUCCGAGGUCUUGCAGGACGCCUCCUCGAGCGAGAUCGUGCCGAUUCACCAUCUCCCCGAGGAGACGAUCGAGGGCCAGUUCGGUCUGGUCAAGCACAGGCUGUUGAACGACAGGCGGCGUGUUCUCACCUUGGAUACGGCUGGUGAGGUGUUGCUGUGGGAUUUGAUACAGUGUAAACCAAUCCAGAACUUUGGCAAGAAGCAUCUCGAGGACGUCGAGCCCGAAGUCAACACUCUGGAGGCCGUUGCGCCCUGGUGCUCUGUCGACACGAGCUCUGGCAGCUUGACGGUUGUGCUUGAGCCCUAUAAUUGCUUCGACGCCGAGAUGUAUGCCGACGAGCUUGUUUUGGACGAACCUGUAGAAUUUAGAGAGGACCAGAGAAUAAACCUCGGGAAAUGGAUCUUGCGAUAUCUCUUCGCGAAGCUGAUUGACGAGGAGAUCAAGCGGGACGAGGCGCACAGGGCCAAGAUCAACGAGGGCGUCGAGGCGCGGAUAGCAGCUGCCGCUGCGAACCCCCCUCCGCCGAUAACCAUACCGCCGCCCAACAUGGACGGCUGGGACCAAGGGGAUGGGUCGGCGACCACCCCGCGAGCCAACGGUGCAUCGUAUCCACCGACAACUCCGGGCAUGGGCAUCGGUGUGGUGACGCCAGGCGCGCCGCCACCCGGCACGCCCGGCACGCCCCUGGAGAGGAGGCAAUCCCAUCUCAGCCGGCCCUCUACCGACAAGGACGACUACUUCUCGUCAAACGCCAUCUCCUCGGCGGAGCAGGCCAAGCCCGCCGUCACCCCGGCCGAGACGGCUGCCUCGACCGACAAGGAGGGCAAGACGUCCAUGGAGAACGGCAAGGACAAGGAGAAAGAAAAGGAGAAGGAGAAGGAAAAGGACAACGGCAAGACGGCGAGCACGCCCUUUGGCAAGAAGUUCCGCAUGGGCAUGGGCAUGUCCUUUGGCUCCAAGAAGCUCGGCCGGUCGGCUUCGUCGACGGCGCCCGAGAAGCCGGCCGUCGUGGACGAGAAGACGGAGGAGCGGUCCGAGUCGUCGUCGAACCACGAGAAGGAGGUCGACGACUCCUUCCUGGGCACCAUCCAGAAGAUCCACAACGAGUACGACAAGCUGGUCCUCGAGGCGCCCGACAAGCCCGUCGAGACGCGCGUGGUGCCCAGCCUCGCCAGCGAGACGCCCGUGCUCAAGCUGCCGCCGGCCACCAAGGUCAUCAUCCAGGAGGAGACGUCGGGAGGCAGCGCCGAGCUGUACCGCGGCACCGUCGAGACGGUGGGGCUCGACGCCGACGUCAUCGAGCACAAGGGCCCCAUGUGGCUCGGCGAGGUGCUGCUGACCAACAGCGUGCCGCCCAAGGAGCCCGUCAAGGUCUCGUUCAUCCUGCACCCCUGGCAGGACGCGCUGCCGAGCCUGUCGGUCACGGACGGCAACAACCGGCUCAACGCCAACCGCAUGCUGCGGGUCAAGAAGAUCCUGUCGUACAUCGCCGAGAGGAUCGAGCCUGCGCCGCCCGCCGGCGGCGGCGGCGAUGACCCGGACGCGCUCAAGCCCGAGGAGUAUCUGGAGCUGUACUGCAACGAGCAGUUGCUGCCGAUCACGAUGAGCCUGGCCACGCUCCGGGCGCACGUGUGGAAGGGAGGUAAUGAUAUUGUAUUGUAUUACAAGGCCAACGGCCGGAAGGAGAUCCCCAACCCUCCCCCACCCAUCGAGCCUGCGGUCCCCGAGGAGCCCGAGCAGGAGGCCGAGGCCGAGGCUGAGGCAGCGGCAGCGGCGGCAUCAUCAGCCCCGCCCGCCCAGGCUGCGGCACCCGUGACUGCUUGA